AUGGCAACCUUCACGCUAGCAUCCUGGGCUACGAACCUAACCUACGCCAACCUGACUGCGCCCGUAGUCGACGCAGCCGUCAAGAGCAUCUACAACUGGGCCGGCUGCGCCAUUGGCGGGUUCGCGCAGGCAGCACCGCAAAUCGCGCUCAACACGUCAUUAUCCGCAGGUUUUGGCGGGCCGCCAACAUCUAGUAUCCUCGGUCUGAACGGGUCGCUAGACGGAAACGGGUUGGGGUUCGGGAUAGAGCCGGGAUUUGCAGACGCCCAAGUCGCCGCGUUUGUCAAUGGCAUUGCGUCGCAUGUUGAUGACUACGACGAUACGCACCUCGCGAGUAUAAUACAUCCUACUGGCGUGGUAGCUAGUGCGCUCCUCGCCAUUGCUGAAGCCGAGUCCCAAUCUCAGGGCAAUGGAAAUCGAGCCGCCGGAGUAGUGUCAGGGACAGAUUUCCUAACCGCUUUCGUUGCCGGCAUCGAGGCCGAGCUUAAGCUUGGACUAUCAGUCUACCCGGAACACUACGACGUGGGGUGGCACAUUACAAGUACGACGGGUUCUGUGGGUGCGGCUGUCGCAGUUGGCAAGCUAUUAGGGCUGGAUACCGAGCACCUCCAGCACGCAAUAGGAAUCGCAUCAACACAAGUCGUCGGGAUGCAAGCCUUCUUCGGCUCAAUGACCAAGUCGUUCCACAUCGGGCGCGCAACGCAAGGGGGCAUGCUGGCCGCGCUCUUAGCACAGAAAGGAUAUACAAGUUCACUCACGGCCCUGGAGGACAAAUAUGGCUGGCUAGAUGUAGUCAGCACGCGCGAGAACGCAUCCGCCAACUUUGCACAAUUGGGAAAGGGGACUUGGGAGAUCGAGAGGAACACGUUCAAGCCAUUUCCAUGCGGCAUCGUCAUGCACCCUACCAUCGACGGGUGCAUCCAGCUACAUAACCAAAUACUAAGCGAGGGAAAUUCGAUUGAAUCGAUUAAGAGCAUCAACCUACGCGUGAACCCGGAAGUUCUGAUACUCACCGGUCAGACAGAUCCGCAGACGGGGCUCGAAGGCAAGUUCAGCAUAUACCACGCCGCCGCUGUUGCACUAUUAUACGGCCAAGCAACUCCCACGCAGUUUACGGAUCAAGUAGUGCAGAACGAUACAGUGAUAAGCAUGCGGAAGUUAGUCAAUGUAACUAUCGACGACAGCGUAGGCGAGGAUCAAGCAUACACUUACGUAACCUUCAACGACAACAGCACCAUGGAAAACUACAUCGAGCACGCAAUUGGCAGCUUGGAUAACCCUUUAACUGUGGAGGAUCUAAAGACAAAAUUUAUUGACCAAGCGUCACGUCAAAUCGGAAGUGUAAAGGCCGAGAGAGCAUAUAAUGCUUUCACAACUAUUCAAAAUAUAACCAAUGUAGGGAAGUUAAGAUCACUAUUCUAA